CAAUGUCAUGCGCGUCACUGUCAGUCGACUUUUUUUUAUUGUUUAUUUUUUUUCCCUGCGUCUUAUAUUUAUUUUUGUUUGAAUUAAGGGUAUUGGUAAUGAUAUUAUAAGACAAUUUAAAAUAUGGUAAACUAUUGCUGCGUGUAUGGUUGCGGCCGAAACAGUAAAACUAGUAAACAUCUCUAUUACUACAGUUUACCUAAGGAGCAAAACCGGUUAGUGCAAUGGCUAGAGGCAAUAGGCCGAGUGGACUUGCUGGAGAAGGAUUUGAAGAAACUGACCCACCGUGUAUGUUCCCGCCACUUCUCGCCUUCUAGCAUCAAGAAUAAGCACCUGUGUGCUGAUGCAGUACCUUCUUUAUGUCUUUCUGGCAGUGUGAUUGAUGGAGCCAAUGAUUCAGACCAGUAUCAAGCAGCUCAUAGUGGCAUUGUAUGCAAUAGCUGUAACAAGUCAAUUGUGGGGUUCCGCUACAAAUGCAUCAAUUGCACUGACUAUGACUUGUGCGCCAAGUGUGAGAUGUUGGAGGCUCAUCCGCAACACUAUCUGCUGAGGAUACCUAAACCUAUUGAUUUUGCUAUCGCUGAUGACUUAAUAAAAAAGUGGAGACAAUUCAUCAAGUCUCAGAAUGUAAAACUCGAAGUCCAAUCAGGCUUAGAAGAAUCUAGCAGCGAUGAUGAUGAACCAAUAACAAAGUAUGCUAGAAACUACGAUAGUGGCAUAGAUCUGACCGAAGAAGAAAAAAAUAAAAUUCGUGAUGAAGUAACUAGAGUUCUCAGUAUUAAACAUUCUGAAAAUGAUGAUGAAUCCCUUAAAAGAAAGCAGAAGACGCAAAAGAAAAGAGGGGUUGUUAAAAAGAAGAAAGUAGAAGAAUUAACUGAUAUGUCGGAACAUGCUGGCACGUUACGUGUAGAGAGUGUGGCACCAGAAGUAGCUUUUGCUGAUGUUAAUGAUAUUAAAGGAAAUCCGAAUUUGGAUGUAAAGGGAGAAAUAAUUAACACAUUUACACCUUUAGAGCCAGAUCCUCAAGUGUUACACAACAUCAAGCUGAAUGAUGAACUUUCCGAAUUUCUGAUUGGAGUCAAAUAUUCUUGAAAGUCAAUUGAAAAGUUUUAUACAAAGAAGAUAUUAUUUUUCAGUAUUUUAAGACUAUACUCGACCUUAAAUCACAGACCUUUAUGGAGUAUGCAAAUCUGAAAAGUAAAAUAAUUGACGCUGUCACAAAAAAUUGCAGUGAAGU